AGAUAAAAUAUGGCAAUGGAAGUUACCCAGGUUCUUUUGAAUGCACAAUCAAUAGAUGGAACUGUGCGGAAGCAUGCAGAAGAUAGUUUGAAGCAGUUUCAGGAGCAAAAUCUUCCCAGUUUCUUACUGUCUCUCUCUGGGGAGUUAGCAAAUGAUGACAAACCUAUUGAUAGCCGUAAAUUAGCAGGUUUGAUACUUAAAAAUGCCUUGGAUGCCAAGGAGCAACACAGAAAAUUUGAACUAGUGCAAAGAUGGCUGUCAUUGGAUGUCAAUGUGAAGACUCAGAUCAAGGCAUGCUUGUUGAAGACCCUGACAUCUCCUGUACCUGAUGCUCGGUCAACUGCAUCUCAAGUUAUUGCCAAGAUUGCAGGCAUUGAGUUGCCACAGAAACAAUGGCCUGAGCUGAUAGGUUCACUUUUAUCAAAUAUUCACCAGCUGCCUGCUCAUGUUAAGCAAGCCACUUUAGAAACACUUGGGUAUUUAUGUGAGGAAGUGUCGCCUGAUGUUGUAGAUCAAGAUCAUGUAAAUAAAAUACUUACCGCUGUGGUUCAAGGUAUGAAUGCUAAUGAAGGGAACAAUGAUGUUCGGCUUGCUGCUACCCGAGCUUUGUACAAUGCCCUGAGCUUUGCUCAGGCAAACUUUAGCAAUGACAUGGAGCGUGAUUAUAUCAUGAGGGUGGUUUGUGAGGCAACACAAUCCACAGAUUUGAAGAUAAGACAGGCAGCUUUUGAGUGUCUUGUCUCCAUUUCAUCGACAUACUAUGAGAAAUUAGCACCUUAUAUGCAGGAUAUUUAUAGCAUCACGGCAAAGGCUGUAAGAGAAGAUGAGGAACCUGUUGCGCUUCAAGCCAUUGAGUUCUGGAGUUCAAUUUGUGAUGAAGAAAUAGAUAUUUUGGAAGAGUAUGGGGGUGAUUUUACUGGGGACUCGGACAUUCCUUGCUUUUACUUUAUUAAGCAGGCACUUCCUGCACUUGUCCCAAUGCUUUUGGAGACACUCCUUAAGCAAGAGGAGGAUCAGGAUCAGGAUGAGGGGGCUUGGAAUAUUGCAAUGGCUGGGGGUACCUGUCUGGGUUUGGUUGCACGGACAGUUGGAGAUGAUAUAGUUCCCCUUGUCAUCCCCUUCAUUGAAGAGAACAUAACGAAACCAGACUGGAGGCAAAGGGAGGCAGCCACUUAUGCUUUUGGUUCAAUCUUGGAGGGUCCUUCACCUGACAAGUUAGUACAUGUUGUUAAUGUUGCUUUAACCUUCAUGCUCAAUGCUUUAACAAAGGAUCCAAACAACCAUGUGAAAGACACUUCUGCUUGGACCCUUGGAAGGAUUUUUGAAUUCCUUCACGGUUCAACCAUAGAUACACCCAUAAUUACGCCAGCAAAUUGCCAACAGAUCAUCACAGUUCUGCUGCAGAGUAUGAAAGACACUCCAAAUGUUGCUGAGAAGGCCUGUGGUGCUCUCUAUUUUCUUGCCCAAGGUUAUGAGGAUGUGGGUCCAUCAUCUCCUCUGACUCCCUUUUUCCAGGAAAUUGUUCAGUCCCUUCUCACUGUUACUCACAGAGAAGAUGCUGGGGAGUCACGAUUAAGGACUGCUGCAUAUGAAACAUUGAAUGAGGUGGUUAGGUCUUCGACUGAUGAAACAGCACCCAUGGUGUUGCAACUGGUACCUGUCAUCAUGAUGGAGCUUCACAAGACUCUUGAGGGGCAGAAACUCUCAUCUGAUGAGAGAGAAAAACAGAGUGAGUUACAAGGACUCCUUUGUGGUUGCUUACAGGUGAUUAUUCAGAAGCUAGGGUCUGCAGAGCCAACUAAGUAUGUCUUCAUGCAGUAUGCAGAUCAGAUAAUGGGACUUUUCCUGAGAGUUUUUGCUUGCAGAAGUGCAACUGUCCAUGAGGAGGCCAUGCUUGCCAUUGGAGCCCUUGCCUAUGCUACAGGCCCUGAUUUUGCAAAAUACAUGCCAGAGUUCUAUAAAUAUUUGGAAAUGGGUCUUCAGAAUUUUGAGGAGUAUCAAGUGUGUGCUGUUACUGUGGGUGUGGUGGGAGAUAUUUGCAGAGCAUUGGAGGAAAAAAUUCUUCCUUAUUGUGAUGGGAUUAUGACACAACUUCUCAAAGAUUUAUCAAGCAACCAGCUGCACCGAUCUGUAAAGCCACCCAUAUUUUCAUGCUUUGGUGAUAUCGCACUGGCAAUAGGAGAAAACUUUGAGAAGUACUUAAUGUAUGCCAUGCCCAUGCUCCAGAGUGCAGCAGAUUUGUCUGCCCACACAUCGGGUGCUGAUGAUGAUAUGACAGAGUACACUAAUUCUCUGAGAAACGGGAUAUUGGAGGCAUAUUCUGGGAUUUUCCAAGGGUUUAAGAACUCUCCAAAAACCCAGCUCUUGAUUCCUUAUGCACCUCAUAUCCUUCAGUUCUUGGAUAGCAUAUACAUGGAGAAAGACAUGGAUGAAGUGGUGAUGAAGACAGCUAUUGGGCUUCUUGGAGAUCUUGCAGAUACACUGGGAAGUAAUGCAGGUUCUUUGAUUCAGCAGUCUCUUUCAAGCAAAGACUUUUUAAAUGAAUGCUUGUCUUCCGAUGACCAUAUGAUUAAAGAAUCUGCUGAGUGGGCCAAGUUGGCCAUUAGUAAGGCCAUUUCUGUUUGAGGCUAUUGCCACUGUGCAUAGUCUUUUCCUUUUACAAGUCCCUGCAUGCAUUUGGGUGUGUUGAGUUGGGGUCAAGGAUUGCAUUUGUCAGGUCAUCACCAUAUUCAGACAACAGAAGUCAUUGUUCUUCUUGUUGUUGCUAACUCUUGCAUCAGCACCAUGGGGUCGGGUUGUUUUUAAGUCAUGGAGGAAGUAGGUGGUGGCAGUGUCGCUGAAGUCGGUGAAUUCCUCCAUAAAAAAA